AUGGCUGCCAAAGCUACAUGCGUAUGCUGCACAUUGUUCAUCUCUCUAUUCUUUGUCUCUCCAUUUGUCAUUCUAAUCACCCUAGCUCUUUUAAAUGCGAACCCAAAAUUCUACAUUCAAGAACUCUACAUCCCAUCCCUCAACACUUCAAAUUCUCUCACACACAAUCUUUCAAACCCCAACACUUCCAUAAUCAUCGACCUCAAAUUCAAGAGAGAGGUCGCCUCCGACCCACUCCACUACGAAAACAUCAACAUCACCCUCUCCUACGGCCCCAACCGGACAUCCGUGGGCAGCAGUGUCGUCGCUGGAUUCUCCCAGGGCAAGAAGAAGAAGACGGCCCGCCGCAGGGCGGUGGUGGACGCUCGCGGGCUGCCGUGGGAGGAGGCCUUUGAGAGGGUUUCGGGCGGGUCGGGAGUGGAGGUGGGGGUGGAGGUGGCUACUGGAUAUGUACUGCGGCGGUGCGAUGAACACAAUUGCUAUUAUACGAAGACGAAGGCGGUGGUGGUGGCGGCGGAUUUGGUGGUGGAUGGCUCCGGUGUGGAGGUUUCUAAGAAGCCUACAAGACUUAAGAAUGUAUUGGUUUGA